AUGAUCACAACAACAACAGCUGGCAGCGUCUUUCUGGACCGCGCGCCUCUCUGCCCACCUCCCCUCCACAUCCAGAAGAAGUCGCGCAAAGCUACUUUCCGAAGGCGAAUAUUCCGUAAGUCAACUCCUACCUAUAGCGACGAUCAGUACGUGUUCGGUCCGCUGGACGACAUCAUCGACGAGAUCAAGAGCGAUAUCUGGGAGUCCCCACCCGACUACAGUUUCAACUCGUCCGUCUUUGAUUGGGCGCAACCGCUCAGAGCACCUUUGUCGUGGACCGUAACACCUCUGCCUCUUAGUCGUGCGCCGAGCGACCAACCUCUGACGAUACGCAAGAACAGAAACAGUCGGUCCUCGGCCUCAGGAUCCAGCUUUGGAGAUCAGAUGGCGUUCUCGCGCAAGAACAGCCAAGUCGAGCCCGAUAACGGCGACCCGGUACGUUCUAUGCAUACCACUGCACUUACCCCUUGGCCGUUGAUCGAUGUGGCGUCGAGCGAGCCUGCGCACCCUCUCUUUGUCGCCGAUAGCGCUGAACACAUGAACGCGCAACAGGCCCUCGAGAAGGCGAUCAGCAACACUGAAGGUCACGCCGAACCCUUGAAGCGGCGCAUGUCGUCAAAGCUUCGAUCGUUUACCAGUGGUCUACCUCUCUUACGUCGUCACAACACUGGAGAGACUAGCGCUGGUAUUAGCGAUAUGCCGGGUGCAACGUCGCCAACAGCAGCUACAGCGCUUGCGGCUCACGAUGAGGCCGAAGAAGGCUUACAAGUAAAGCGCCCGGAGGACCAAGCUGUCCAGGCUUACCUGCUGAGCAACGCCCGCAACGGAGACGAGUUUACCUCCCUCAUGGGAUGCAUCUCGAAGCGCAUUCCUUCCCCGACUGACUUUGAUCAUGAGGCUUCGGAAGCGCAGGUGUCAGAUUCAACUUCACACUUGCCGACAACCCUGCGUGCAGCGGUUAGACUAUUCCCUGAGGUCAAGCUUCUUACCGAUGAGUUCCAAGACAUCGGCGUCGCUAUCGAGAUCGAGGGUGUCCUGCACAACCGAAAGCCUCUGCCCGAUACCGGUAUCGAUGUGGUCUUCGUGGUGGACAACGGCUACUACGUGACUCCAGACUGUCUCGAGAGGUCGCUGGAUGCGGUCAAUGGUGCCCUGUAUCAUCUUGGCCCUAAAGAUCGUCUGGCGCUGUACACCACUCACUGCACCCACCGUGAUGUCACCGGAAACAGGCCAGAAGUGCUUUAUGCACUUCGAUCCGUCUGUGCGGAAGUCGAUGAGAUCUUCCAGGAUUUGACGUCUAGGAUCGCGCACUCUGGUUCGCAAGUCUGGCAUCCGCCUCGUCCAAACCCCACCAUGGGUGAUGUCAUCCUUGGCAUCGCCGGAUCUAUGGCGGGCGAGCACCUCAAGACUGGUCGAACUCAUGUCAUCGUGCUGUCUCCUGCGGCUCAUGUCCUGCACAAGGUAUCGAAGUCCUUCCCGGAUAUCUACAUUCACCGCAUCAAUCCUGCGCUGCUCCCAUAUCGCCGCGAACCAGAGUUCCAGGAUACCAUCUGUCUUAAAGACUGCUGCAAGAACGUUUUCGCCAGCAACUGGUCCAAGUACCAAUCCACGUCCGGUCGCAUUAAGCGCAUCUUGAAGAAUGCUCGGUCUGAGAAACCCAUUGGCGAACUGCUUGACUUGAGCGUCGACCUUCGGACCAAGGCAGGUUGUGAGAUUCUCGUUGUCUGUGGGAACAAGGAGAUUCACCAAUUGUUUCCAGGACAAGUGCACACCCUCUUCGUCUGGAUCCGCAUCAACAAGGCUGAGACUCAGGGCGUCAACCUUAAUUCCAAGAACCCCAUUCUCAACUCAUGCCUUGAUGCCAAUGGACUGAGACAGGAGCUGCAGAACUGUCUUCGUGUAGGUGCCACCAAGGUAAACCCUCUCGAGGUGCAGCUACUGCAUCGCAGCUCACUCCACCCGACGCGAUCAUGGAUGUAUACGGAGGCUCACCUUAUCCUCACGCGCGAGCUUGGCGGGUUGGCACCUCUCUUGGACACAUCCAUGGAGUUCUACAAGCGUCAGCUUUUCUGCAACCUCGCUCGAGUGUCGGCAGACGAGGCUAAAGUCGGGGCUGAAGCAACUCUUAGCAUCCUCCCCAAGCACCAUGAACAAGCAAAGAUGCUGCUGGAGAGCAUGUCGCAGGAGAUCGAGCUUCACUUGGCGAUCCGCAAGUAUGAGAAGGAAUACCGACAGAGGCUUCCGCUGUGCCCCGGUCCCACCGACGUCGAAGCAUCUCACAAGUGGCUUCACGAGCUGUGGGCUCGUAGGAGGAACAAGCGCAGCGGCUCAGAUGUGGCCUGA